GUUCUGGGAUUGGUUAAAAAAAUUCUUUUAUUUUAUUUUAUUAUUUUAUUUAUUUGUAUCUGUGCUUGCACACAAGAGUGGGGAGCACUCACAUAUCCACGAUGCACUUGUGGAGGUCAGAGGACAGCCUGUGGGAGUAGGUCCUCUCCUUCCACCGUGUCAGCUUUGAGGACCUAACUAUCACCAGCCCCUACUAUUUUCAUCAUUACUUAUUGUUAUGAUUGGUCUCACUGUGUAGCUUAGAGCCCCCUGGGACCUAGAGUCAUCAGACCUCAGCCUCCCAAGAGCUGGGAUCUCAGGCGGCUAGAACUGUACACCAUCACACCCAGCUCCCAAGGUCAGGUCUCUGAUGCCUGCCUGCCUCUGUCCCAAAGCGCCCUCAGUGUCCUCACCUCGUCUAGUGCUGCAGACUGUUUUCUAUCUCUGGGGUGACCUGGGUAGACCGGUGACGAGGUCACCAGCUGGGGAAGAAGGAACCGGUGUGCAGCCGGUGACCUGUAACAUAGCCGGAUAACUUCAGAGAUUCACCCUGGUUCCUGUCAUCUUGGGAGGCCCAGAGCUCAGGCGUGCUUUUCAAUCUGAGCCAUGGCUUUUGAGUUAAUUACGUAAGUAAUAAAAUAAUAAUAAUAAUAAUACACUCCAACUUUGAAUUGCUUGAUUUACUAAGGCUCAGUCCAAGGAAGCUGGUCAAGGGUUUGUGAGCGCUGACUUUGGCCUUUUGAUUCUAGAAGCUUCAUCCCCAAGUGGUCUCUAGGGUAGACCAGGCAGCAGAACAGCAGAAGGUAGACUCUGGCGUCACAACUCUAUUCGCUCUUUGUUCUCCCAGUAUGGUCUCUGUGACCAUGGCCGUGGUAAAAGUUGCUGGGCUGCUUGUUUCCCUCCUCCGCGAGACCUGUUCCUACCUUUCUGUGAUCUGAGAAGGGGGGGGGUCCUAGAGCUUGGCCUCUCUGCUUGUCACCCACCUUGAUCCUGGGAGCGGCCCUGUCCCUCCAGGUACCUUCUGGGUAUUGCGAGUGGAGAGUGAAAGAUGGGGCCUGUGGCUUGUGCGCUCUGCCCCCAGGAGGCAGGAGAGGGGUGGCAGGUAGGCAUCUGUCUUCACUUCGUGUUUUCCCUGCUCCAAGGAGCACGGGCAGGGCCUGGCAGUGGUGCCAAGGGCCCCACUUCCUUCAUCUGUCAAGUGGGAAGGUGAUUCCUGCCGCCAAACAUGUCCUUGUGAACAUCAGUGUGUGGAUGCCGUGUUUAGCACACAGAAGGUACCAGAAAUGGUCUCCUCUAAUGUACAGGCCAGGCCGUAGCUGACAGGGACUUGGAGACCUGGAUAGGCAGGGUUUGUGGAUGAAGGUAUGUGGUUUGGUUAACACACAUACAUGUGCGCGCGCACACGCAUGCACACUGCUGCCUGAAGCCUCAGUAGUGACGUGGCAGAGACUGUAGUGUGUCAUGGUAGCCUACAAGGGAAGACAUAGGUAAAGUUUGGGUGGAAAAGCCAAAGUCUUCACACUGCCUAAGUAACAGUGGGACUUUUGCAGCCAUUCCUUUGUCUGACCCUGAUCUCUCAUCUCAUUGUGGGUCCCUCAAAUCAGCUGGCUUCCUUUCUGAACACAAUGAAACUUUAGGCUGUCUCCCUGAGAUGACCAAACCGGAGUCCAGACAGUUGGUGACUCUCCCCAAGUUGUGCCUGUCCCUGCCCAGGGAGAAGAAAUGGGUGACGGUUGGCGACACGUCCCUGCGAAUCUACAAGUGGGUUCCUGUGGCGGAGCCAAAAGUCGAUGACAAAAACAAGAAUAAAAAGAAAGGCAAGGAUGAGAAGUGUGGCUCAGAGGUGACCACUCCAGAGAACAGCUCGUCACCAGGGAUGAUGGACAUGCACGAUGAUAACAGCAACCAGAGCUCCAUAGCAGACGCCUCUCCCAUCAAACAAGAGACCAGCAGCAACUCCAGCCCUGCCCCAGAGCCCAGCGCACCUGUGCCCAGUGACGGCCCCGAAGCCAAGGCUGAUGAGGCACAGGCAGAUGGAAAAGAGCACCCUGGAGCUGAAGAUGCUUCUGAUGAGCAGAAUUCACAGUCUUCGAUGGAAAACUCAAUGAUCAGCUCAGAAAAAGUAGAACGGCAGCCGUCUGCAGAGUCGGGGUUGGCAGCGGAAACUUCGGCAGUCUCUCAGGAUUUGGAAGGAGUGCCACCCUCUAAAAAGAUGAAGCUGGAAUGUUCUCAACAGAACUCUGAAGAGAUGUAGACACCCAGUGGAACCCUUUGGUCCAUGUUUCAUGGCAGGUACAUCAGCAGGCUUAAUUCUAGAACGCUGCCCAAGCGAUUCCUCUUGGGUGCGAACAGAACUAACGUUUCAAGUUUACUAAGUGCAAAUCCAAGAAAAACCUAGAACGGUGGAACUUCUCAGACGCUGGCGAGCUCUGCUGUGAAGCGAAACACUCGAACCUUCAAGUGACUGUCCUUGGGAAGUGGGCCGACAGCUCAGGAGUGUCUGCACACUGUCUCGGAAGCCAAGAUUACAUUUGUGUUGCUGCUGUAUCCCCUGCCCCCACUUCUCUAUUUAAUGAUAUAAGCUAUUUGAGGGUGGUACCAGUCAGGAAUUUGCUUUUCAUAGGGGCUUUUUCACUCUUCAACCAAUUCCUUCCGCUUUCUUUUUUUGUGCCUUGUACCCUAGAGGUUACCUCUGGCAUGCUUCCUGGUUUUUGCAUCUCUCCUGGCAAAGUGCCCAUUCGUUUUGAUUGGCUGCUGCCCCCUUCCUGUCUCUCUCCUCCCUGCCCCGAGACUGCUUCAGAGCAGGCAGGUAGAGCAACAGGAGAUCAGGCACCUUGAGCGGCUCCUGGUCAGGUGGGCAGUGUUUGGGCACACCCUGCACCCUACCUGGAGCCAGCCCCAACGUCCAGGGCCCCUAGGGCUACAAGUGUCAGCCUCGUUUCCCAAGGGCUGGCCUCCUUGGUUCAGGACAUGCCCUCGCCUCCUGGAGCCGUGGAGGCUCGGGGGUUUGCAAGCCGCGGUAGCCCAGAUUGACAUGCAAAGCCUUUAGAUUCUUCUGGCACUUCCACCCUAUUUCCCCCCACUCUCGCCACCACUGGCACUGCUUUCUCCAGGCCCUCCGAGGACAGAAUGACUGACUGAGCUUGUCUCCUUAGGAUACAGGGCUGGGGAGGUUGGGAGCAGGCAGCAGGAAAAGCUGGUGCUGAACUCUCCCACAGGACAUUGCUUGGAUUUCAAAUCCAUGGAAACCUGACGCCCUCCGUCCCUGUCCCCUGUCCUCCCACCCCAGAUCCCAGGCCAGAUGCUCCUGGCAUCAUGUCCUGACUCUCAGAGGCAACAGGUGGAUGGAGUCUUGUUCCCAGCAUGAGCUGUCAGCCUUCAUUGGGGAGCGGACCUUAACAAUUGGGCCUCAAAGGCCAGAACCAAGGCACCGAGGAACUGGGAAGAUUUGCACACAGCCCCAGAAAGGAGCCACGGAGGCUCCCCCUUCCCCUGCCCUCAAUUGCACCGAGACAGCUUUCUCUCACUCAGUGGAGACACCCCUUGGACGAGCUGCCCACCUGUUGAGUUCUGAGGCCUGGUUUGCUCUUAAUUCCCCCACGGACCCCUCAGACCUGCCGGCUUCCCCCGCGCUUUCUUACUGCACUGGAGCGCUGACUCCCUACAAGUUGUAUGUUGGGGUGGGGGGAGUGGGGUGUUUUGUUUUUUGUUUUGUUUUUUUGUUUUGUUUGCUAAUUGGUGCAUAUUCAGGUACCACCUUGUGACGUGUGGAUCUUUCUCCCAAUCAUCAUGAGAAGUGUCUGCCAGGCUCCAUUUUCUAAGAGUUUCUGAGGGGAGGAGAGCUCCGAUUUCUUCUUCUGUUUUCAAGGGAGCUGUCUAUUUCCUAUACUCACGAAGAAUCAAAAUGUUCCUGAAUUUUAAAUACCUCAUGCAAAAAUAUCUCCUGAAAUAAGGGAAGAAAAAAACUUUGAAAAUCUUAAUGUUGAAGUUAGCAAUGCUAAAAUGUUUCUGUCUUAAAAAAAAUUCUUGUACUUAGCAAUUUUGCCCCUCAGGCAGUCAGUUCUAUGAAGAACUGUGUUCUGUGUCUUUGCUGGAAAGCAACCAGAUGCACGACCUCCAACAUAUCUCAAGGUCAAGGCGGCUUUACCUCCAGAUUCUAGAGUUAGGGCAACAUUUUUCUUUUGCAGCAAAACUCCAUUUUGGUGAAAGAUGAAUUUGGAUAUUUAUUUCUUUUUCUGGGAAACAAGCGGUUACAACAUACACAGCUGAAGGAGAGCCCAGCACAUGCAUCCACGGAGCCAGCAGGGCGGCCAGGGCCACCUGCACCUCUUCUGUCCACUGCAGCCUCUCCGGACAGUCAAGAGGAGCUGACGCAGUUGAGGAUGAAGACAACGACGAGGUCCACGGUACCGAGGCUGUCAUUAGUUUUUCUCUGAAGUGCCUGAAGGUAGGAAUGGGCCGUUGAUGGGGACCAUUCGGGUGCCCCCGACGGCCACGCCAGGCAAAGAGCCAGCAGCCUUGCACUGCACGCUGGCCAGGAAAGCCUUCCACGCGGAGCGGUCAGACUGCAAAAUCAAUGUGCUUCCUUCCCCGCCACGGUCCUCUCUCUGGAGCCGAUGGUCCCCAUUCCUGAACCCCUGCCCUCAUCCCCGCCACAGAAUCUAAGACCUUUCAUCUGGCCGAGCCAGGGGCUGGGGAUCCUAAGCAAAUGCCUUCCGUGGACAUCAGGCCCCAUGGCCUAAAGGGCUCCCAGGGCAAACUUCCCCCAAAACUUGAAGGUGGGGGAAUGGCGGCUACACAUUCCACAAAGUGCUGGCACUUACACCCACAACCCGGAAGGCUAUUGACUGGUUCCUAGAGGGUGGUGACUGCCCAUCAGACGGUGUCAUGGUUUGGAAUGUUAGUUAUCGCCGAGGACCUGGUUAGAGAUAUAAAGACCUUUUUUUUUCACUGUUACCUUUUUUUUCCUCUCUUACAAUUUUUUUGGUGUGUUGUACAGCAGUAUAAUUUUUCACUUAUUUAUUCCAUCAGUAGAUAUUGUUUGUACAAUGUACAAUGGUUUCAUUUCAGAAAAUAAAAAAAAAUUCAGAUCA